GGCAUCGUCCGGUGUUGUCCGGGGUAGGCCGUCAUUGUAAAUAAGUAUUUGUUCUGACUUGCCUGGUUAAAAAAUAAAGCGUAAUGAAAUACGUCACGGUGUAAACGGGGCAGGCUCGCUGACAAACGCGGAACUAGUAGAGGAUUCACGUGAUUGUCAGUCGGACAUAUUUCCCCAGCGGACAACUUGUCUGGACUGCUACGAUGUAUUCAGCAGGAACAGAGAGUUUGAUCAAACAAGCCAGUACACCUCUCUGGAGUCGUUCACCACUGACCCGUAGCUGCAUGAAGGUGACGGCUGUGAUGUUGUUUCCAGGGAGAUCGGGGAGGAGGAGCUACAGAAGUUCUACUGCAGGAUCACCAAGCAGCUGAUGGGUAAAGAACACGGCCAUGAUGUCAUCGACUCACUCCAGAGACUACACCUGAUCAUGGCCUCAACCAAGUACACUAGGAGGCUGCCAGUGGAGCUGCAUGACCGUCUGCUGUCGCUUUGUGUGUCUUCCUCUGUGGAGCAGCUGACUGUGUUGACCUCGGCAGUACUCAGAGCAACACUGCCCCCCUCUGGUCCGGGGCAGAUCUACACCCUACAUGACCACAGCCCUUUACCCAGUCAUACUGCUGCUUUAAUGCUGUCACAGGCAGAGUCUAAAGAAGACCUGUCAGCUCUCUCCUCUCUCCUCCUUCGAAGUUUGGAGGGACGACCAGCAGGCAUACUCUCUCACCUUCACACUCUGCCUCUUCUCAACACCAUCAUCACCUACUGCCCAGAGAGCCUUACUGAAGAUCAUGUGACCCUGCUCAGUAAGAGGCUUGUCGAAUGGCUGCGCUACGCCAGUGUUCAGCAGGGAGGUGUGGCUUCGUCAGGAGGGUUUUUCACUGGCCCUCGAAUACGUCAGCCGGGGCCGGUGGUGGAGCUGGACGGCUGUGUGUGUGGGGAUUUCUUCACGGUGCUGUGUGUCAGCCAAGCCUUCUCAGACGACCAAUGGAUGAACCUCUACAGUUUCUCUCUGCUACGCCAUUGGCUGAUCACAUACCACAAUGUAACGGAUGGCAACAACAGCACAGACGCAGAUGACAGGUCGGAGGUGGACGGCUCUGUGGUUUCCAUGGUAUCAGCCACGUCGUCCUCCAGCAGACUCCUUCCUCCUAAAGAACAUCUGAGAGAGAAGAGUUUCCAGUACUGCCAACGCCUCAUAGAACAGAGUGACCGCAGUAUGUACCCUACACCCUAACCCCUACACUACUGCCUCAUAGAACAGAGUGACCGCAGUAUGUA